CCCAGAAUGUUAAAAAUGCAACCCAACAAACAUUGCCUCCUGUAGACAAAAGCCAUGGAGGGUAACAAGCCUACAACGGUGAUGUGUACGGUACUUGCUUUGGACCAUUCCAACCUCUUUUACAGAGCCUGCUCCGUCUGCGAGAGAACUCUUCCGGACACUCCUAAUUCUCUCUGCAGAUUCUGUGACAGCUUCAACCCCGCCUCUUCCUCCUCUUCCAAGCGUCUGUUUCGCCUCCUUGUUUCAAUUGCCACAGAUACCAAGGUGCUUAAUGUCAUCUGCUUUGAUAGGGCUGCUAGAGUCUUGUUUGGAUGCUCUGCUGAUGAGUUUUUUGACUUCGCCAAGAUUCACCCUUUUGCUGCCGCCAAUGCUGGAACAAUUCUAGAAGGGGAGAUGUUUAAGAUGACACUGUCAAAACCCAAGAAUGGUAAUGCACAACACUUGCGAGCAGUCUCAGUUUUGCCUUUGAGGACUGGUUUCCGGCCAGCAAUUGAGACCUUAAGGGAAUUGUAUGGAGUAAGAGCAAGUUCUUGAUUCUUCUCUUCAAUUCUUUCAUGUAUUUUUUAAUUGGCAUGAGUGUGUGUUUUGCUAGGAACCCUAUGUUAUUUCCUUACAGGCCAGAUGGUUUGAAGAUUUCUGUUGUCAUUCCUCUGUCUAUAGAAGUUGGGACAUCUAAUAUAAGCAUUGCAUUAUUUUAAUGGCACUAGAGGAUUGAAAAUCAAAAAAGAGAAAUUCUUCUGUUGUUA